ACUGAUGCAUAAAGGGUAGGUAGUGGAGUAUUAUUAAAGUCUGAAUCUAGAUGAUUUGAAAGAAAUUGUUUUUUUUGAGCAUUUAUUAACAAUGAAAUGUUUACUAUUGUUAGUAAUUUAUCAGUUUUUAUCCAUUAAUUGCACGGAUAUUUUUACAUCAUUAACACAUUUAAAAGAUAUAAUUGAGAAUGAAGAAAUUCUUUUAAAAACUGUUAGUGACUACGUGACAUCGGAAGAGGAUAAAAUAAAUAACUUAGAAAGAUUCGUUGAAUUAUCUAAAGAAGAACCAAUAAAGAAAUCUCUGUUAUCUAAUAAAACAGUUGAUGAAUAUCUAUCUCAUCCUUUAAACGCUUACUAUUUGAUAAAGAAAUAUGCUUUAAAUUUGGAAAGAUUAGCUCAAGUGGGAAAUUACAAUAAAUCUCUUGUUGCAAACUUUCCAGACGAAACAGAUAUUGCAGGAGCUGCAGCAGGUAUUAUCCGACUACAAAGAACUUAUCAACUAUCUACAAACGACCUUGCUAAUGGAAAUAUUAAAGGUUUCAAAGCUGAUCCGUUAAACUCUGACGAUUGUUAUAGAUUGGGUGAAUCGUCUAAGGAAAAUUCAGAAUUAGGUUUAGCUGUUCAAUGGUUUAAUAAAAGUAUUGAGAAACUGCACGAUGGGAGUAAUAAUAGACGUAUAGAAGAUAUUGUUAGUCUCGUUGUGGAUAUGUUCCUACUGAUGGGUAAUGGAAAAAAAGCUUUAGAUAUUUAUAGUUUUGCUAUAAAGACGGCUAAGAGUGAUGAAUCAAAGGAAUUUUUUCAAGCUGAGCUUGAUGACUAUAAUGAAUUAUAUAAGGAAAUUGAUGUAGAAGAAAAUAGUUCUAUUCACGAUGAAUAUUCAUGGAGAAAGACAGAACCCGAGUGGAAAGUUAAAUACGAAGAAAUGUGUAGAGGACAAUUUAAGCAAAACAGCAAAUAUGCGAAACAUUUAAGAUGCCGAUACGUUAAAAGUUCAACAUGUCCUUACGAAAUUUUUAAGCAAGAAAUCCUUAGCUUCAGUCCAUUUAUAUCUAUGUUUCACGAUAUAAUAUCAGAUAAGGAGGGCGAACUACUUAAGGAAUUGGCAAAACCAACAUUGGAGAGAGCUCAAGUUGGUGUAGCUUCAAAACCAGAAUUAACAACUCAGAGGAUUGGAAAAGUAGGAUGGGUUUGGGAUAAUUACGAUGGUAUAGGUGUUACAAAGUUAUCAAAUAGAGUUGCAAGGGCAACAGGCUUGAGUACAACUUUUAGACAUAUCAUGACAGAUGCAGAACCGUUUCAAGUUGUUAAUUACGGCGUAGGCGGACAAUACGAGCCUCAUACAGAUUUUUACCUGCAAAGAUCCGAUUUAAAUACAGUUCCCGAAUUUUUACUGAAUACUGGUGACCGUAUAGCUACCUGGAUGUUCUAUUUGAGUACUAUACAUGCUGGUGGGGCAACAGUAUUUCCAGACGUUGAGGUUGCUGUACCACCGAUUAAGAAUGCGGCGGCAUUUUGGUAUAAUUUUGAGGAAGGGGGUGAUAUGGAUAUGAGGACAAGUCAUGCUGGAUGUCCUAUUUUAUUGGGACAAAAAUGGGUUGCUAACAAAUGGAUACGAGAAUUUGGACAAUUCUUUACUAGACGUUGCCCAAUAAGUGAAUUUUUUGCCAAUGAAGAUAAAUACUUAUUGAGCUUGGGCUAUAGUAAAAGGGAGAUCGAAGAGAUAAAUUUUUAUAGCGAAAGACCACCGCAACCAGAUCAAUGAUAGCUUUUGCAUUGAUUCAUCUUGAAAGCUAUAAAUGAAACAAUUUACAUGUCCUUGAUCUAUUUUAGAAGACAUACAAAAGAUUUGAAUAGAAAUUAUGAGUGCUAAUAAUGUAGCGGAACUAUCAAGCUCUCUUUCUCUUCCUCUCUCUCUCUCUCUCUCUCGCUCUCGCCGUGUAUGAGCUACCAUUUAUAUAUACCCAUUAUAUUCUACUUCUUUGUAACGAUAUUGUACGUACUACCCUGGAAAAUUUUUUUUACAUGUAUUUUGAGAAGGGAACAUUUAAUAAAUAAAAAAUGGACGACCUAUAAUCAUAAAUGCACUUUUUAAAAGUAUGAGCAAG